GGGCAGCGGGGCGCGGCCGGACGGGAGUUCCCCGGAGAAGGCUCCUGCAGCCCGAGUCCCGUCCCCAAGUCUAGGGGACCCAGUCUGGGACGCUGCUAUGGACGACAUUUUCACUCAGUGCCGAGAGGGCAAUGCGGUUGCCGUUCGCUUGUGGCUGGACAACACCGAGAACGACCUCAACCAGGGGGAUGAUCAUGGUUUCUCCCCUUUGCACUGGGCCUGCCGAGAGGGACGCUCAGCUGUGGUUGAGAUGCUGAUCAUGCGAGGGGCACGAAUCAAUGUGAUGAACCGUGGGGAUGACACUCCUCUGCAUCUGGCAGCCAGUCAUGGACACCGUGAUAUUGUACAGAAGCUGCUACAGUACAAAGCUGAUAUCAAUGCAGUGAAUGAACAUGGAAAUGUGCCUUUACAUUAUGCCUGUUUUUGGGGUCAAGAUCAAGUAGCAGAGGACCUGGUGGCUAAUGGGGCCCUCGUCAGCAUCUGUAACAAAUAUGGAGAAAUGCCUGUAGACAAAGCUAAGGCACCCUUGAGAGAGCUUCUCCGAGAGCGGGCAGAGAAGAUGGGCCAGAAUCUCAAUCGUAUUCCAUAUAAGGACACAUUUUGGAAGGGGACCACCCGCACUAGGCCUCGAAAUGGGACUCUGAACAAACAUUCCGGAAUUGACUUCAAACAGCUCAACUUUGUGGCGAAACUCAACGAAAAUCACUCUGGAGAGCUAUGGAAGGGCCGCUGGCAGGGCAAUGACAUCGUGGUAAAGAUGCUGAAGGUUCGAGACUGGAGUACAAGGAAGAGUAGAGAUUUCAAUGAGGAGUGUCCUCGGCUCAGGAUUUUCUCGCAUCCAAAUGUGCUUCCAGUGCUAGGUGCCUGUCAGUCUCCACCUGCUCCUCACCCUACCCUCAUCACACACUGGAUGCCAUAUGGAUCCCUGUACAAUGUGCUACAUGAAGGCACCAAUUUUGUUGUGGACCAAAGCCAGGCUGUGAAAUUUGCAUUAGAUAUGGCAAGGGGAAUGGCCUUCCUACACACCCUAGAGCCCCUCAUCCCAAGACAUGCACUCAACAGCCGCAGUGUAAUGAUUGACGAGGACAUGACUGCUCGAAUCAGCAUGGCUGAUGUCAAGUUCUCCUUCCAGUGCCCUGGUCGCAUGUAUGCCCCUGCUUGGGUGGCUCCAGAAGCUCUGCAGAAGAAGCCUGAAGACACAAACAGACGCUCAGCAGACAUGUGGAGUUUUGCAGUGCUUCUGUGGGAACUUGUGACACGGGAGGUGCCCUUUGCUGACCUCUCCAACAUGGAGAUUGGAAUGAAGGUAGCACUGGAAGGCCUUCGGCCUACUAUCCCACCAGGCAUUUCCCCACAUGUUUGUAAGCUCAUGAAGAUCUGCAUGAAUGAAGACCCAGCUAAGCGACCCAAGUUUGACAUGAUAGUGCCUAUCCUCGAGAAGAUGCAGGACAAAUAGGGCCUGUUCUCCAGAGGUGUCAGGACAUGGUUAGGGGACUGUGCAUCCCCAAAGCAGCAGUUCUCUGGUUGCAUCCCCUGCCUCCAGUCAUGGUACUACCCCAGCAAUGGGGCCCAUCCCCUGCCCCCAUCUCUGCCACUGUGGCCCCAAGAGGGGCUGGGCUCAGAGCUUUGUCACUUGCCGCAAGGUGUCUCCCAGCAUGGGAGGGAUCAGCCCUGCCUGUCACAAUAAAGUUUAUUAUAAAAA